AUGAGUCGCCUCACGUCCUUUGUCCUUUUGCUAGCGACCAUCUCCAACAUCACCGCCUUUGCGCUUGGAGCAGCCACCUUGGCAGACUACCUCAACCAACGCAGCUACCUCCUGGGUCUCGUCCCCAAAACCGAGGUCCACGACAGCGCUUAUAUCGGGGCUGCUAGUUACAACAUAUGCUCGAGCUUUCUGUCCGCCUUGAUCCUUCUCAUCGUGCUCAUCGUUCAAGUGCUCCGGCGCACCAUUGGCUACAAAUUCCUGAUCGUCGGUGCUAUCAUUCCAAGUCUCAUCGGCUUUGUGAACGCGCUCACCUUGACCAUUAUCACGGCGACGAAGGUGGUGUCGUUCGGGGACAGUGUCGGGCCGCGCGUGACUACCUACUUGGAUGAGGCUGCCGAUAGCGACGGGGUUCCCUUGGAAUAUCGAAAGGAUGCACUGUCCAUCGCGGCUGUUGUGAUUGCAUGGCUUGGGUGGGCCUUUUCUGUGGUUGGAUGCGUGUUGUUACUCAAGACUUGGCAGAGGGAACUCGUGAAGCCGGCUUCGUUAGGAUCUCGGGAUGAGAAAGCUGCUUAG